GCCUCGCUAUCCAAACACGUCGACAUGGAGGAGAUAAACAGACAUGUAAACAUCUGACAUGGAUGAAUAAAUGUCUGUAGAACGCGGCUUUGAACGUCACACUUGUUAACUUGUUUUUUUAUUGUUGUUUUUUGCUGACGCUGCAUUUCUAAGGCAAAAGCUGAUGGUCGUGUCAAAAUGGACAGUGACCUAAGUCCCCAGGAUAAAAAGGACUUGGACAAGUUCAUUAAGUUCUUUGCUUUGAAGACUGUUCAGGUAAUCGUCCAAGCCCGGCUUGGAGAGAAAAUCUGCACUCGCUCUUCCUCAUCACCUACAGGCUCUGACUGGUUUAAUUUGGCCAUCAAAGACAUACCUGAGGUUACUCUUGAAGCCAAGAAAGCACUGGGUGGACAACUCCCAGGCAUCGGUCGCUCCAUGUGUGUUGAGAUCUCCCUGAAGACAUCAGAGGGGGAUUCAAUGGAAUUAGAGACAUGGUGUCUGGAAAUGAAUGAAAAGUGCGAUAAGGAUAUCAAGGUGUCAUACACUGUCUACAACCGUCUGUCUGUCCUUCUCAAGUCUCUGCUGGCCAUCACCAGAGUGACACCAGCCUAUAAGCUGUCCAGAAAGCAGGGACACAACUAUGUUAUAUUAUACAGGAUCUACUUUGGGGAAGUGCAGCUCAGUGGAUUAGGAGAAGGUUUUCAGACAGUGCGUGUCGGCGUCGUCAGCACCCCUGUCGGCACACUCACACUCUCAUGUGCCUACCGCACCAACCUGGCAUUCAUGUCUAACAGGCAGUUUGAUCGAUCGGCUCCUAUCAUGGGAAUCAUCGUGGAUCACUUUGUGGAUCCUCCGUGCAGCAACCAGCGUCCUGCAAACAUGGGGCAUCCCUGUAACUACAGAGCUCCAGAUGAGGAGGACGGAAGCCCAUUUGCAGGAGUUCAGGAUUCACAGGAGGUCUGCACCACCUCAUUCUCCACCUCCCCUCCCUCUCAGUGUGUGUGCACACUGAGUCCGUCUCCCUCUAAACUGUCUAAGCCCCUCCCCCUGGACAGUCUGCAGCUUCCAUUGGCUCCUGGACUUGUCACUCACACUCUUUAUUCAUCCAGAUUAUACUACCAGCCUUCUGCUGAGCUCUGUCACCCUGCUGCUAAUCCAAACCAGGCAUUGCAUGCUGGGAAAGAGGGUGGGGUUGCAUUGGCUCCCGUCCAGCCACAUGGAGUAGAUGCCCAUCUGACAGUGGAACACACCCCCAAUACACCUGGCAGCAGUGGUGAUGAUGUUGGUCUGUCACAGAGUGGAGAAGGAAAGAGGGACGGAGGGAGGAGGAGCGAUUCUCCCUCUGACCCAGUGGAGUCGCUCAAUGAGUUCACAAGGAAAGUGGGAGCCUUUGUCAAUAAACCCAGUUCAGAGAUAACAGCAGCCAGUCUGGACCUGCCAUUUGCUGCGUUUGCUCCUCGAGGCUUGGAGUCAGAGGAGGAUGACCUAAUGGUGCAGCCUCCAGCCUCCCCUCCCUGUCCAUCCCCGCUGCAGGCCAGCCUUCACUCUCAAGGCUCAGAAGGAUCGGGGCAACAGGACGAUUUUGUCAUGGUGGACUUUAAACCUGCCUUUUCUAAAGACGACUUGCUGCCAAUGGAUCUGGGCACCUUCUACAGAGAGUUUCAGAACCCCCCACAACUGGCAAGCCUCUCACUACACAUCAGCUCCCAGUCCAUGGCCGACGACCUGGACUCCCUGCCGGAGAAACUGGCCCUCUACGAGAAAAACAUCGAUGAGUUUGACGCGUUUGUGGACAUGCUCCAUUAAGAGAAGGUGGACAGGAGAGGAGACUCUGUAGUUUUGUGAGAGUCACACACACUAGAUGACGUUUUAAUGUGAAGCUCAUCAUUUGGCAUUUUUUUUCCCCCCCUCCUCAUUUGCUCACCUUGCUGUACACACCGCCCUUGUCACUGUAUAUACUGUACCAUGUCCUCCCUCAGUCUGAUAGUGCUCAUUCAAACUGCUGUUAUCAGGAAGUCACAUGAUAAUGUGUUUUUUUUUCCCAAUUGAGAAAGCCAUGUGAAUAAAGAGCAGACAGUUUUGCACUGUGCUUUACUAUAAUCUCCGUCCCUGCUGAUGAUUUCAUAUACAUCAGUCUGUGAUUACAUUCAAGAUGAAAAAAAAUUCAAUCAUCGUGUAUCGUACGAAAAGUACGAUAAGAUGAGCCUCAUUUAAAACCCAGCUGGACUGGGAAUUCAAACUGUAGGGUAGGGCUGCACCUAAUGAUUUUCAUAAUUGAUUCAUUGUUUGGUCCAUAAAAUGUUAUUUGGCGUUUCCCAAAACUGUGUUCUCAAAUGUCUUAAAGAAAAAUGUUUUAUUUUUUCUAUAUUGAGCAAAGUAAAACAUUCAUUUUAAUUAAAAAGAAACACUAAUGUGGAGAAAACAUACUCCAUUUUGAGUGAAUUUGAUCCCCUCAAUUAUCAGAUUAUAAUGUUGCUUGAAAAAUUGGCUCAAAUCUUAAUGGAGGAUGGCUUGCUCUCAUUUCAGCUUCCUACUAAACUAUGACAGUCUACACAAGUGUGUACAUUAUAUACAGUAGGGAUUUGUUAUAGAACAGUCUGCACAAAACACCAGGUCUGUCGAUUGGUUCGAAAGCUUUAAUUUAAUCAUUUGCCAUUGGUCCAGGUGUCCUGCCUAAUAAAGCAUGGUUAUUCUGAUGAAA